GGCGCUCUUGGACCCUUGUUAGUUGUUCAGGCUCACGGAAUUCACACUAACAGCCCUUGCUGCAGUGCUCGAUCAGGAGAUACUGAUCGUUGGUCUCGGCCUGAUUUGGGGUUGACGGCGGCCUUAGUUGGAGUAAGUCAGGUUAGACUAAUCGAGGGCGCAGGCAGCUUGGGCUGUGAGAUCGCGACUGGUGCCGGAUGGAAGCAUGUCCGUCUACGGGAUGUUUUGUGCCUAGCUCAUAGGUUUUGGGAGAUGAGAUGAUGAGGUGGUGCGCGCGAACGCUGGAAGAGGGGUAGUAAGCUUUUGGUAGAUGUGUUUACGGGAGAUUGAGGCGGAGAAACAGAGGUCUGGAGUAAUAGACACGGGAGGUAUAAGACAGGAUUGAUGCCGCUGGUUUAGAAGAAGUAUCUCACAGUUCACCAAGUUCACUACUCUGAGCAUCUACAGUCUUUCCUCACUCUCGAUUACUCGGUUUUAAUUACUCAACUCCAUCAUCAUCAUGAAGUCCACCAUCGCUGCCAUCGCUGCUCUUGCGGCUGUCUCCACCGCAUCUCCCAUCAAGCGUGCUGAUGGCGUAACUGACGGUGUCAUCCUCAACUACGCGCUCACUCUCGAGCACCUCGAGGACACCUUCUACCGCGAGGCCCUCGCCAAGUUCACCGUUGAGGACUUCAAGGCCGCCAACUUCUCCGAGGAGGCCUACAACCGCAUCAAGACCAUCUCUUCCGAUGAGGAGACCCACGUCUCUUUCCUCACUGGAGCGCUCAGCGCUGCUGGAGCCAAGCCCGUCGAGGCCUGCACCUACGACUUCGGCUACAAGGACGUUGCGUCCUUCCUUGCCACUGCCAGUGUCCUCGAGGGCGUUGGUGUCAGCGCCUACCUCGGUGCUGCCGCCGACAUCAUGUCCAAGACCUACCUCACUGCCGCUGGCUCCAUCCUCACUGUUGAGGCCCGCCACUCGGCAUACAUCCGCAACACUGUCGGAUCUUCGCCUUUCCCCGCUCCCUUCGACAACCCCUUGAGCUACAACGAGGUCUACACCCUCGCUGCGCAGUUCAUCAAGUCUUGCCCCGAGACCAACGCUCCUCUGCCCGUCAAGGCCUUCCCUACCCUUGCUGCCUCUGCUUCUGACGGAAGCAUGAUGAUCAAGGCUGGUAGCAAGGUCAUGCUCGCCACCUCUGGCUACAAGGUUGACGGCAAGGUCUACGCCGCUUUCAUCACCGUUACCGGCCCUGUCUUCGUUGAGGCUACCAUGGUCGAGGGUGGCUUCGAGGUUACCGUUCCCGAGAAGGGCAUUGCUGGUCAGAGCUACGUCGUCCUUACCAGCUGCAACACUGCUGCUACUGACGACACCAUCAUUGCUGGACCCGCUGUUGUUGAGGUCAUGUAAAGACUGUUACUUUAUCGAGAUAACUGGUGACCUGUAAUCGCGGCUCUAAUAUACAGCAGCAGCUUUAGUAGUGGUACUUUCUAAAUUGUAAUUUUUAGUAUUCAUUUGCCUCCCUCCGCGAUAUCAUGAGAGUUCCUAUGUGAUACUAAUUCACGAUGAUAAUAUUCGAUAGUCUUGUUACAUGAAUAAACGAAGCGUUGCACGACGAUGCAUAU